AUGCAUACUAUUGUCCAGACGAAUGCAUUCAUCGCAGCUCGAAAUUGAAUGUGGCAACACCGUCGCCCACACGCAGGAUAUGCUGAACUGUGGGAGCCCUCCGCCAAGGGGGGCCACGUUGGGGUAGGACAGACGAAGGAACACCGUUCUCGGUGUGUUGCCUGCGGAUGACACAGACUGCUUGUCUGGCGAAAAACCGUUUCGAGCCAAUCGUGAAGAUGUGCAAGCAGUUUAUCGCGACCGACCAACGUGGCAAGACCUGUGCGACCGGAGGACACUUUCGACUUUCGUGUUUGGCCAAAGGGACACACCGAAAGGGCAGUGCGAUUCGAUGGACUUCUGCAUCCAAACGAAAUAAAAUUAACAGCAGUUGGAAACAAUCGGUGAAUACUCGAGGGUUGUUUAAUAUUUUUAUCACGAAACUAUGAUGAGCACUCAUUUCGAUCGAGUAACAGAUAAUUGGUUUAGAAUUUUUUUAUGAUUGUGAUUUUGAUUAGAUACUAAAAUAACUAGAGCGUAGAUUAGCCCAUAAACUCACGAGGUAGAUUAAAUCUAGUUCCCCUUAGUAGAGUGUAUCCGUCCCUUGUCCCGUAGUUCAGUGAAAGUGAGCGAUCCAUGUUUGAAACAGUUUAUUCUUUGUGGUAUUUCAUGUAAAUAUAAUAUGACUUAGGGAGAAAUCAGACUUAAUCAUAGUACAUAGGCUAUCUUCUAGAGAAAAGCUAAGCUCACUUAAUUUUAGAAACGGUUGUGAUUGUUGGCUUUUCCUGGUGAGAGUGUUCACUUAGCGAAAAUAAAAGCUUUGUGGUUAGUGUAGAAAUUAAUUGAAGUUUCUGUGCACGAUAAUAAGUUAGUGUAAGAAUAGUCGCAACAUUGUCCUAGACAUGAGCCGUGAGUGUACUUGAAUUUAAUUAAAAGUCCCAAGCAACGAAGGGAAAAAUCUCCACGAAAGUGUUCCAUAAAUUCAAAACGGUGGAAUGAAAUCAAGUUACAGUGCGGUUUCGUUCCCUUCCUGAGACAAUUUUUGUGUAUGUUUUCUCUACCGAACCAAAUAGGCUCUCGUAUUUUGCGCGGAAAGGACAACGUUUUCUCGUUUGACUCAUUUUCGCAUAAACAUUUCCACUCCACGUCCACAAGCAAAACGGUAAACGCAGUAGAAACAUUUAGUAAAAGGCGGCAGGCAAGUUCGUUUCAUGUUUUUUUUUUUUUCUACUGACUUAAGUCACACUCUUUCCGGCACACCGGCUGCUACUGUGAGCCCUCUUAUUUUUACUGUCCGUGUACGGGCAACCGUAAGACUAUCUAAUCCUGUGAAAUAUCGUCGCUUGCCUUUUGCUUGGAGCGAAUCUGUAAGUGAAUGAAUCUUGGUGACAUUCUGCCACGAUAUAGAUACUCUAAUAGGCAAAAAUACUAUUGGCAGCUCAAGCAGACAAGCAAAACUAAAAAAAAAACUUAAGAACCUUUGGAAAAAUUGUGCAACUGAACCUUUUUACCGAAACCAGAGGAAAAUAAUCACAAACUGUAAACACGUAAUAAUUCCCCACGUCUGCCCAACGAACGGAAAAACGGGAGAUCGGAAGUGUAUAUUCAAUCUCAUCCCCGCCGAAAGGAAAGAAAAACUAUCAUCAUGUACCAAACUAUCUCCGUUUCCGCCUGCUGCCUGACGGAAAGCGCUGACUUCCAUCAGGGCUAGUGUAAAAAAAAAGUAAGUGUGCGACAAGUGUGCAGCACGUGCCGUAACUGUACCGAAGAAGGCAUAGCCUGCUGUUGUAAAACGCAAGCCAAAUCCUAGCCCACAGACCUGCUGCGGAACCAAAGUGUUGGGAAAGCACCCGUGGUGUUGGUGAGAAGAGAAAAAUACACACCGUUCAAGAAAUCCAAGUGAGCACCGUUGCAAAGUUAGAAGAAACGCGAGCAGCUAGGCUAGCGGCAGACUGAAGUGUUUUUUUUCACCCGGUUCGACCUCGAACCAAGGAAAGGACUCUUCGUGUAAGGUGUUUGUUGUUGGACGAAUCGAUCGAUCAGCUUCGAUUUUCCGGGGAUGUAUUUGAUGUCCUUUCUCGAUAGUUGGUGAUGAUGCCGGUGUUACUGACGCUGACACAGUUGAUGAUGCCGACCAGUAAUCGAAUCUUGCUACAGUGGAUAAGUUGUACCACGAACUGAGGUGAGCAUCGGUUUCGGUUCAACGGAACUCGACGGCUGGAGGUGAGCGCAGGAGGGCAAACCAGUUAAAACAGAGAACAUCGACAGGGGACGUAUUAAACAUACGAUGAGCUAUCAGCAAGGAAAAAAUCGUCUCUAUCCAAGAUACUCUCUCAAUUCUUCGGACAACGAAGACACUCCGAUUCAUCGAUCUCUUUAUGCACAACCCUAUAACUCGCAGCUCUUGCAGCAACAGACUCAACAACAGUCUCAGCAACAAUUACUACAUCAACAACAACAACAGUGUAUUCUUCCGGCUGUAGUCAGUGCACAAUCAGCCAACUGCUACAGCGGAUACCGAUCGGUGAAAAGUGUCGGUGCGGGACACGGACAUCCCACGGUAACCACCACUACUUCCCCAUCAGACAACGGAUCCAGUGCGACGCUGACGGACACCGAGGCUGCUUUGGCGAGGGAAAACACGCUGCUGGUAAAUAACGGUAAGCAAUGUUCAAACUUGUGAGUAUAAUUAUAGACGAAAAAUGUACACUGAAAAUUUUACUGUAUUUGUUAAACUUCGAGCAAAAUUUUACGUCAUAUCACGGAUAAGAUAAGGAUUUGUAUUUAACCCUGAUGCAGUCAUGUGAAGCUGGUUUUCUUCACUUGACUAAAAUACCAAAAUAUAUUGAAACCGAGUAAAUUCAUCUCAACUCAAAACAAUACUCAGUCGUCUAUUUUACAGGAUUUAUGGAUUCACUCCCUUUUCCUAAUUCAUCAUUGUGUCAAUGGGCUUAAGAACGACCAAGAUGCUAGAGUUUAACGGUAGUUUGAAACCAAUUUAAAACUCAAUCCAGAUUCUCCUCUAAUAGCCGAUACCAACUUUGACCAUGAAGACAGCACUCCGGAAGGUCGUUAGGUUUGGCGUUUCCCAGUUUUUAUUUCACACUUCCCUCCUAUCUUUGAUACGUUGUUCGCACUCACUUCUCUCCAUCUGAUAGCCCAGCAUCCGGUUAGAAACGAACACAUCUCUCGCCAACCUCUGUAUUUGCCUUUCUCCAUUAAACAAACAUUCCGUGCGGCUAACUCCAACCACGGGAAGGGAUCUCCGGUUAUCUGUAUUUUUUUCUGUUCUCUUCGGCAAAAAGCUUUUCCCGAGCUUCUGACGGACGAGAGAACAAAUAAAACAAAAGUAAUUUGUGUGUAAAUGAGGUAGCUAAGCCCGAACCGUGAGCGUGAAGCGGAAGACGAUUUCACUCCUGGUUCUGUCGCUUCUGGUACUGCGUUUCGCGGUGAAGUGCCGCGAGCUGAGCUGAGCUGAGUUGAGUUGAGCACUAGGAGAUCGUGAUGUGCCUCUCCAUCCCUCCCCCUUUCCUUCCCCGUCAUUCGUUCCGAUGGGAAAAUCGCCAUCAGCCAGUUUGGUGGCAGUGAAGCCGGGUCCUUGCUUAGUUAAGGCAAGCGAGAGAAAAGAUUUUCAAGAUUAAUGAUUGCAUGUUUUAAAUUGAAUUUUGCGCUUGUUUAUUAAAGUUCUUUCUCAUUGUUUCCAGCAUGGGUUGGAAUGACAGAAUGUUGCUUGUGUUUGUCUGCGGGAGCAAAGUUGAUGGUUCAAAAGUAAAGCUUGUUAAUAAAGAAACAAUUAAACGGUAUGAUUUGGGAAUAACAGUGAAAUUAUGCAAUAUAUUUUGCUUGGCUGUAAAAAGAAUUUUCCACUCAACCCAAGAUUAACUCGUUGAGUUUCGGAAGCGCCACCAUACUUUCGUAGAAAGAAUCCGUUACAGUUUACGUCUUCAUGAGUAAAACCGGCUAAAAAUGUAGCCACGUACGUUUGCACGAGGGUGUGAAAAGCGGCAGACAAGACUUUGUUCCUUAAAACUUUCGUCUUGACCUGCCCUGCCAUUUCUUUUCCCUCCACCAGAAGCUCUCCGUCGAGAGUACCUAAAUGGGAAAUUUUGCACUUGGUGUGUUGGGAAAUUUCGUCUACUUUUCCGCCAAGAGAAUUAAGCUUCCGCUGAUUAUCUGACAAAAUGGAAGCAAAGUACUGUCAAGCAGCUUUUGGGAGCGAUUGAUAUGUAAAUUUGAGCUCGCUUUUUUUUUAUUCGUUUUUCGAAAUGUUCACCCUCUUAGCCGGUGCUCUGCUAGCUCGAGUCACUUCAACCACUGGCUGUUUGGUUUGUAGACGGGUGCGGUAUCUUGAAAAUGAAUAAGUUAGUUACGCAGAACAACAUUCGUUCGUGCGACGAAAUGUUUGAAGCAAAUUUUUAUGAUAAUUCUACUACUGCUUUCAAUUUUUAGGUACGAGGAAAUGAAAAGCAAUAAUGACAAAACUAUGCCCCCGUCAUAUGUUGUCCUAAUAUGAUAACACUAGAAUAACUUGAACGUUUGGUACCAGCGUUAAAAAUUGUUCACAUUUUAUCGGGUAACAAUGAAUUGAACAAAGAUUUAAUUUUGAAAUCCUUUUGUUCAGAACAUAUUGCAUUGCCAUCUCUUUCUUCCCUGUUUGAAUUUGAAUUUUAUUCAGUUUUUGUUGCUUUUUUCAUAAAUACGUUUAUUUCUUAGGCAAUAUACAUAGGUUUUUCUUCGACCUGAUAUCCACAAUACAUAGUACUUUAAAGCUAAUACAUUUCGAAUAUCAUAAUAGUUUAUAUUAUUACAACUAUUUAGGUUUGUUUGUAUCAGUUCAUCACUUUUAUUCAUAUAAUAUAGCUGACUAUUGAUUGAACUCACGGAAGAGAAAGGAGUCUAACAUAAAAUAAAAUUUAAAUUGGAACUUCAAUGGACUAAAUGAUAAAGCAGUUUCAUGUAAGGAAGGCCCCGUCAAGCAAGAAUGUCGCGAACUGGGACAUUGGGUAGUCUACCUUAGGUACGCAAGGAAUUUAUUAGUUGAGAUUUGACAACACGAUACUCCACGCAUGUCCAAACGACAUGAUCAAUAACGCGAUAACCUUCGCCACAAGCACAAUGAGUAGUCUCGGACAGUCUAAUUCGAAGGAGAUGUGCAUCUAACGUGUAGUGAUUGGACAUAAGUCUGGACAUCACACGAAUGAAAUCCCUACUCACAUCCAGUCUCCUGAAACAUGCUUUUGUCUAUAUUUAAGGAAUAAUUGAGGGCAUCAUCUCUAUCCCAGGAAGCUUGCCAACUCUCAAGUGUUCAUUGUCGUGACGCGCUCUGGAAUUCGUUGAAAGCAAUCGUUCUCUCAUAAAUUUCACCCUCAAUAGCACCAAGUUUAGCUAAACUAUCGGCUCUUUCGGCUAUUUAAUUUGUCGUUCAGGCCCUUUUUUUAUUUGCCCAAGAAAAACGAUUCAUUCUUGCCAGCAGCGUUUGAGCGAAUGGCUUCAAUUGCACUCAAUCUAUCUGUGGAGAGAAAAUAAUGGUUUGGAGAUAAUGUGACGAUUACACUCAAGCUAUAAUGAAC